AUGUUAUUUUUUACAUUUUUUUUUUCUUUUUUUAGUAAAAUGCGUCGGACCUUUCUUUCAUUUAACAAGGACGGGAGAGCUGAGGAAAGACUAAAUGGAUUUCUUUCAGUGGCUCAGGAGUCGAAGACAAACUUCAUGACAAGACGCCAAGGCUUGUGUAUGCGAGAGGAGAAGCUUUUUCUUGUCGAUGAGGAUUUACUUCUUAACCACCUCUUGGCUGGAACCUCUCUGAAAUAUGACGCGGAAGCCGUUACUCUGCAGGGUGCUUUUGAUGAGAGGGUAGAAGUGGAUAAUGUGGUUCGAAUUUCCCUUGAAUUACUGCGAGACGAUUUUGGCGAGCGACAAAAGAAGGAUCCAAACUACGUUGAUUGGGAUUCAAAGUUGCCUGCUUUUCGUGGAGAUUAA